UCGCCAGCUGCGGUUCUCCUUUGCCAGUAUUAAAUUAAUUUUAAUACUUUCCUAUUAUAAAUGAAACUCGUUAAUCGGUUACCCUGUUAAUGUACGUACGAAGAAUAUAAAAAAAAAUCAAAAAAUCAAAAAAACAAGUUCAAAAUAUAAAUUUAAUCAACGUUAUACUUCGGGUGUUUGAAAUUGCGAGUUGGAAUUGAAUAAAAUUGUCAUCGGACAUCGUGGAGAAUCCGUGACCGUUUCAACCAAACUUUAUUCUUCAACGUCCAAGGAGAUUACCUAGAAAUGAAAAAGGUGGACGGCGUACGGAGCAUUUGCAGCGUACGGCAAAAUAAGUUCGAUUUCAAUCAAUAGACAUCAAAUUUCUGCGUGCAACCAGUGAAAGUCCUUCGCAACACAGGAAUCCCCUCCCGGCUUGGCUUCUCUACUCCUUUCAACAUUUUGUGCAAACAACUGUGGAGUUAUGAGCAAUCCGAAUGGGUUGGAAAAAAGCGGAAAUGAUGCGAAAUCUUACUAUCAGACACUCAACAGUGGCAAAGAUGACGAAAUGCGGGUGCUCGGUUUUGAGAAGAGCACAUUGGGGACUCUCCUGGCUCACGUAUCGUUCGUCUUAAGUAUCGGAAUAAUUAGAUUAUUUUUUCACUGGUACCCCAAGCUGCACUUGUACGCAACGCAUCGGGAAUGUCCUCUGGUUCAAGCUACGAGAUUGCUGAUAAUUGAUGAUUAUCAAGGAAAGUACAAAUCGUAUUUUGUAAAAGAUCUAAGGACGGUGUCGACUAAAAAUUUGAGUUCGAAAUCGCUUAGUGAAAAACUCGGACAAGUCGAUGAAGAUCUUAUAAAAAAAAUCCAGGGCAGAAAGUUAACGAUCAAAUUGGAAAAUGGCACCUUACGCGAAGUCGACGAGUACAGAGCUUUUUGGUGUAAAAAACAGUGCUACAUCUGGGACACGAAAAGGUCAGAAUUUUCCAAACUUGUCGGUUUGGACAGCCACGUUCUAUGCACCGAUCUUCAUCAGGGACAAGGAAUGUCAAAGGAGGAACAAUUGCUAAGGAGGAUCGUUUAUGGAAAUAAUGAAAUAUUAGUCCCAGUGCAGAGCAUAUUGGUCCUUCUUUUGCUGGAAUGCAUAAAUCCAUUCUAUAUUUUUCAAGUCUUUACCUUGGUGGUGUGGUUUGUCGAAGGAUACCUUUAUUACACCAUCGCCAUUAUCAGCAUGUCAGUCUUCGGAAUAACGAGCUCCAUUUUGCAGACACGCAGGAACCAGAAAAAUCUUCACGGGACUGUUGCCUCUUCGGAAACUGUACGAGUUUGCAGAGCGCCAGGAGUUUUUGAAAAUAUUUCCAGUGCGGAACUUGUACCCGGUGAUAUCAUUGAGCUGCCAAAAUAUCAAGGAACAGUAAUCUGUGACGCGGUUCUACUCACCGGUCAUUGCAUACUCAAUGAAUCGAUGCUAACAGGAGAAUCUGUGCCAGUAACAAAAACUCCCCUACCACGACGUUCAGUAUUAUACGAUGGAAAAAGCUGCUCACCGCAUACCCUAUACAGCGGCACAAUCAUAAUACAGACGAGGUAUUACGGCGAUGGACCAGUUUUGGCAAGAGUCAUUAGAACCGGCCUUCAAACCAGCAGAGGAGCCUUAGUAGCAGCGAUUCUGUACCCACCGCCGGCAGAUUUCAAAUUUGAUCAAGACUCGUACAAAUUUAUCGCAAUACUUGCUUUUAUAGCAACCUGUGGUUUUUUAUACACGGUUGUCACAAAGAUGUCUCGAGGAAUCACAGCCGGCGAUAUUGCGAUCAAAGCUUUAGACAUAAUAACCAUUGUUAUACCUCCUGCAUUGCCAGCAGCCAUGACGGUUGGGAAGUUGUAUGCUCAAGCAAGGUUGAAGCGUGCGGAAAUUUAUUGCAUAAACAGCAGAGUAAUCAAUGUUGCAGGAAGUUUGAACUGCGUAUGCUUCGACAAGACCGGUACUCUGACUGAAGAUGGGCUAGACAUGUGGGGAGUGGUACCAAAUACUAACGGAGUUCUUGAGAAUUCCGUCAAAGAUAUACCUACUCUGAAAGCUCAUCCACUGUUCGAAGGAAUGCUGGUUUGUCAUAGUCUAACGUUGAUUGGGGAAGAACUUUGCGGAGAUCCUUUAGAUGUUAAGAUGUUCGAAAGCACUGGAUGGGUUCUUGAAGAACCGGAUAUUUCGGAUACCAGCAAGUAUGAUUUGCUGAUACCAACGGUCGUCAAACCACCAAAAGAUGACAAUUUUACUGAGAAUAUGAAUCAGAUAUCGGAAAUCGGGAUCAUCCAACAGUACCACUUUUCCAGUAUGUUACAAAGGAUGUCUGUAAUCAUACGAGUGCUGGGCUCAAAGCACUAUGUAUCUUACACUAAAGGUUCUCCAGAAAUGAUCUUGAGCUUGAGUAAAAUUGAAACUAUACCCAAGGAUAUCAUGGAAUCAUUGCAACAGUACACUGAACAAGGAUAUCGAGUCAUAGCUAUGGGUCGCACGGUCGUUGAAAGUAACUAUGCAAAGAUUCAGAGGAUGCCGAGGGAACAAGUGGAGCAGAAUCUAGAAUUUUUGGGAUUAGUUAUCAUGGAGAACCGUCUCAAAGAGCCGACGAUAGAAGUCAUAAAAGAAUUGAAGGAAGCCAACCUACACGUGGUAAUGAUAACAGGAGACAAUAUUCAAACUGCUGUCAGCGUGGCGAAAGAUUGUGGUAUACUUUCGCCAUCUGAAACUGUGAUAGAUGUUACAGUUUUACCAGGCAACUUGAAAAGACCACCUGAAAUAUUUUUCAAUGCUCAAGGAUUUCCCAAUAAAAUGAAAAUUCAAGAUAAAAAACUAAUGAUACCUACGCUGGAAGCGAUAGAGAGAGCAAUAGAUAUCGACAGCUACAGAUUUGCUUUAACUGGUCAAACUUGGGCACUUCUGCGGGAGCAUUAUGCAGACAUAUUAUCUCGGAUCUGUGUGCGAGGGGCUGUAUUUGCUCGAAUGACGAGCGAUCAAAAGCAGCAACUCGUUACGGAGCUCAUGCAACUUGGAUACUAUGUUGCAAUGUGCGGAGAUGGUGCUAACGACUGCGGAGCAUUAAAAGCAGCACAUGCCGGAGUUUCCCUAUCAGAGUCUGAGUCCAGCGUCGCAAGUCCUUUUACUGCACGCACACCAGACAUUAGAUGUAUACUCCAAGUGAUAAGGCAAGGAAGAGCAGCAUUGGUGACGUCAUUUGGAAUUUUCAAAUUCAUGGUCGCGUAUUCACUCACCGAAUUUACAUCUGUAAUAAUAUUGUAUUCCAUCGACUCGAAUUUAACCGACUUACAAUUUUUAUUCAUUGAUAUAUGCUUGAUAGUCAACUUUGCGUUCUUUUUUGGUAAAACGCGAGCCUACGAAGGAAGACUUGCAAGAAGUCCGCCCAAUACAAGCUUAUUAAGUUUUACUCCCCUACUUUCGCUGACACUACUGAUGUUAGUAAUGUCCGCAUUUCAAACUAUGGCAUUCUACGUGGUCCAGCACUUCCCCGGGUUUGUCCCAUUCAAAUUCACUGCUGAAACGGGAUAUACCUGUUGGCAAAACUACUCUGUAUUUUGCGUUUCAUUGUUUCAGUAUAUCACAAUGGCUAUCGCCUUCUCCCGUGGUAAACCUUACCGGAUGCCUAUUUAUACUAACACAGCAUUUAUCAUGUCUAUAUUGCUGCUAACUGUUAUAUGCAUUUAUAUAACUGCAUAUCCAGCAAAUUGGGUGAUAAAUGCUCUACAACUUACCUUACCUCCUGGUUACGAAUGGCGAGUUUUAAUACUAACACUAGGCCUAGCCAAUUUUCUCCUCUGUUUAUUCGUCGAGUCAUUCAUCAUUGAAUUUCUGAUUGAGAAAAAACUACGCCCAAAAUUAUAUCGACCUGAGAAAUCUAAAAAAUCAUAUUUAGCGGUCGUUCACUAUCUAAAAAAUAAUUCGGGCUGGCCCCGAUUGAGCACCGCAAAACCAACUUUGCACAUUACUUCAAGCUUAGAAAAUAUGACAAAAGUCAUGAACACUACGUUUAUUGCCGACAUUGAUUCUCAUACUGAAAGUGGUGAGUCGGACGCUUUAGACAAUUUUUCUCCAAUGGAACUUGCACAAGGAAGUAAACAUGGUGUAUACAACAAUGCAUUUGUUGAUGAUGAAGAUUCCGCGAAAGUUAAUUUCCCGAGUAAUUGUUGAAGAACAAUUGUCAACUAAUAAUUUCGAUACUCGAAUAAACACUUUAUAAUGCAGUUGUACCAUUAUGUUAUAAUCGAACGUGAAGGUUCAAGCAUGCUUGCAAACGCGUAACUGCUUAUUACAGGCCACCGUAGCUUAUGUGAGUUCUACAUUCUGUGUCCCUCUCAUAAUUUGCCAUAAUUUAUUUAUCGCGAACAGAAUUAGCAGGAUAUUAAGGUGAUUACACAUUUCAAUGGCAAAGAUAUAUUUUAUAUACAACCAAGAUUUAUCUUCGUUCAAUUGAUCAUUCAUCACGAAAGUAAUCAAUUUCUUCUUUUUGGUCUAAAUUAAUGGCUGGUUGAGCUAAUAUCGUGUUACUCAAUUUACCUGUACAGUUUACAGGAAUGAAAUUAGAAAUUGGAGAAUACGUAAGUCGAGGGUACGGGCAAUAUUUUGUAUUAACAUCAUUUUAAUAAUAAAUAUAGUCGUGUAAGGCGAGAAUGAAUUACAUGUACAUGCUGGAUGGAAAUGUAAAAACUGUAGAAGUUUACUGUUAUUACAAAGUUCCAUCAAGAUACAACUUAGGUCGGCAAAUUUAGAUUGGAACAAAUGUGGUAUUAGAAACGAUAUUCGUAUAUUUUAAAAUAAUAUUAUAUACACUGUACAAUUUAGUUAUACAGAAAAGGAGACAGAUACAAAUGAUAUUUUUAAAAUAAAAAUCUAUUUAUCAAAAUGAAA